AUGAGCAAACUCCGAGCGGCUGGAAAAAGGAGAGAGGAGCCGGCGCGCACGAAUACGGGAUCCUCAGUCCGAGGCAAGACCAUCUCGCAACCGAUCCCUUUCCCGGACGACGACGAGUUCCCCAUCAGGGCCCCAGGCACUGGGAUAGCACUUCCUUUGGACGCGGAAGGGAUCGAGAGGCUGAGGGCUUCGACACCAGCAACCAACGAGCCUGAUAAGACUUCUCCUCCGAACGGAAAUGCUGUCAGUGAGUUUACCCCGCCCAGGGAGGCUCCAUCUCCUCCGCAUGAAGCGCAAAUCAGGCGGGCGACUCAAGGUCAUAAGCCCAAUCAACCCAGCAGGCUGAGGAAUUCUGUAACGAGCGUGCCGCAUUCUGCAAGCACCGAGAAACCGCAACGGAAAAAGACCUCCAUGCGAUCUGUAUUCGGGCGGAUUUUUGGAAAGAAACAAAAAAUCAGCCCGACCCCAAGCGAAGUGGAUCGAGGCUCAAGUAUUGUCCGGACAGAGCAGCAUCGCAGCGACCCUACUCCUUUACACAGGACUACUCAAGGGCCAGUAACCCAUCAAAUACGUUCUACUUCCCUACCUAUUGACGAGUUCAACCGGGCACUUCGCUCUCAUUCGAUUGUAGCAGAGGACUUACCUUUCCAGCAUAUUGAGACUCUCCAGAAUAUUGAGACUCUCCAGCAUAUUGAGCCUUCAAAUGACACAAAUCGCGAUUCUACACAGGAGGAGGACAUACAAAAUCGGCCGCGGAGGGCUACGACACCAAGCCGUCCUUGGUCGCCCAAUAGAGUACCGGGAUACGCGCAGGACUUCACGGGACUUUCGCCCAGGCCUGCCAGUAGCCAUCCUCGCUAUAGUAAACUCAUUUCGGAUGAUGAAGCCAAGUCGGCGAUUGACGUGGCUGUUACUAUCAGUAGUCAGCCCCAUAGACGUUCGAGAAGUGUGAGCGAGCUUCAGGAAGCCGCCAGAGCGAAUGUUGUUUCCAGACGGCGCAGCGAUGAGAUCAAGUACUGGCGAGAGAGUUAUGAUCCUACAGGACCGCUGUCUCCUAUGUCAUCGAACAAGGCAGAAACGGAGGAGCCUACACCACUCGAAGAAGAAUAUCCAAUUGAAGAGGAAACGGAAGAGAAGCCGCAGCCUUUCAGCUUCGGGCCCAUGGGUGAAAUGGCGGGUAUGAAAAUUACUCAAGCGGCAAGUUUGGAAACAAAAUUCCAGCUCCUAGAAGAUCGCAUGACCAGGCUAGAGAGAAUGGUUUACCGGGUAGGUCAUGAUGGGCCUGUCCAGCUCCAAGACCCUCCCAAGAGAAAUUGCCGUGCCCGGGACCCCCCACAACCUCAGCCAGCAAUCCAAACAUCGGAUUUGUCGCUGCCGAAGCAUCCACGACAUAGCGAAUCGCAAGCUCGAGGAGAUCUUCGUGGUAGCAGACAAGGCAGUCGGAAACGGUCUUCCUCAUAUGGAAGUAGUCUUCCUUCAACGGUGUCCACGCAUACUUCUCCGCGUCCCGAUUUUGACGCAUUUCCACCGGUAGCCUUGCUUGCUACGGGACAACCCACCGCACGUCCGAUUUCCAGAUCACCGACCAUUCGAGGAAUCGUUUCCCCUCCUCCCACCAUGCCCGAUAAUUGUCCACUGACAGGUGAGCACUUCAACGCUCUAACAAACAUGAUUCUCGUCGAGCAGGCAGCGCGGCUGCAACUCGAGGCCGUGGUCCUCAGUCUCCAACGACAACUCCAAGUGGUGCUCUCGUCAAGCUCCACCCCCCAACCCCCCGGAUCAGAUUCGGGCGCUGUCAGGAAUCCUCGCCGCCAGCGCGAGACUACCGCCGAUGGUCGCCACUUCUCCAGCUCCGAGCAGGAUGACAGCAGCGACGACGGCCCUUACGACGAACGCCCCCACCCCGACGACGACGACGUAUUCCGGACCCCGACCGAAGAGCGGAACCCGUACGGCGACGAGAUUUUUGGGGCCGCCGCCGCCGUCCGCAGCAAUGCCGACGACGGGAAAACCGCACCGCGGACGCUGAGCCUGAGCCAGAUCACGCUGGGGCGUGGCGGCGUCCAGCCUGGCCUGGAUCACUGA